UUGUAACAUUAAAUACAGUUAUGGUGAGAUCAGGUCAGCAACAGGUGCGAUUUCCUCUCAUGGAUCAAUACAUAUUUUUUUUUUAUCGUAUUCUUCUAUAGAUAAAACCUAACAGUACCACGAGCUACUGUACAUCUACUUCAGGCAGCCCAGAGGGCAAGUGACCUGGGUGUGUUCAUGGAGUCCAGUCUGUGUGCAGGCCUGCUCAUGGUAUCCAGUCUUGUAGCGCUGUCUGUACCCAGCUGUGAUCAGACCCAGUUUCUGGACCCUAAUGGCACCUGUCUGGAGUGUCCUGUGUGUGGUCCUGGGGAGCAGCUGUCUGAGGACUGUGGCUUUGGGGAUGGUGGCGAGGGUUUCUGUGUGGCGUGCGCUGAGGGGCAAUUUAGUAUUGAGACCGGCCUGGCUCCCUGCUGGCAGUGCACUCAGUGCAAUCUGCUCAACCGCCAGGAGAGGGGGGCAUGCUCCCCCACUAGCAACGCCCUGUGUGGACAGUGUGUCGUAGGGUAUUAUGAGCUCAGGAGCAUGAGAGGGGAGAUAGAACUUGUAUGUAUGCCCUGCUCCUCAAGCAACUUUCGGAAGGAGUGUUUGCAUUCGCAACCAACAGGUAAAAACACCACCACUACCACCGCAGAUUUGGCAAUCCCUAUUUCCAAGAGGAAGUUCAAGGGAUUUACACAGCAGAAGACAAAGACAGUCCAAGUGUCCAUGGUUCUGAUUGGUUCAGCCUUUGCCUCCUCCAUUUUCAUUUUGGUUCUGUUGCUUUGGGCCUUUCUGCUGAUAUUUGAGAGUCUCAAACAGGUGCCGAAAUCUGAAGGCCUGUUCUCUGGAGCAGACUCAGAUUCUCCACAGUGCUCACUCCUCCCUGACCCCGUAGAGACAGGAGAGAGUUCACCAGGUUCUUUCACACAGACAUCCCUCCCAGCUGAAGAUCUCCACAGAGGCCUGGGCUCAUUGAGCAUUGAGAAUGAGGUGCAUCCAACCUCUAUUGUUAUUAGUGUGACCGCCAAUGUCAAGCCCUCCAAUCAGCAUGAAGAAGAUAGGCCUUGGGAGGGACACAGAAGCUACUAUCACAUGUUAGAAGAGAUGGAACAGCAACUGAUGAAAAUAUGCUCUGUGGCUCAAGGUCAGAGUCUGGAGAGUCUGGACUACGACACAGUCCAAGAUGUGUCUCUGCUCUUGGGCCCGGGGGGUUGGGGCAGUGGGCUUAGGAGGUUGGGUUGCUCUCUGGGGGUUCCCUCUGAAAUCCUCACCCACCUCCAUAGCUUCCAGGAUCUCUUCCAGUAUCUCCGUACAUCCACCUACACACUGUUGCCGCAACUGGCCCAAGCGGCUGCCCUCAUGCCCCACCCCGACAUUGUUUCAAGGAUUCACCGUGCUCUUGUGGCUAAAUGUAUGGAGGCAACUCAGGGAUGUUGUCAUGACACUGACCUAUAAGAUAAAUCAUUGUUCUUCUUGGUUCGUGAUGUGCUUACUGCCUUAAUGGCUACUUUGCUGAAACAAAGGGAAAGAUGAGGAGCUUUUUUAAUGUGAUCAGAAUGGAAUACUUCUCAUAAAAUGGACCAUUGGGUUAGAACCACUGAAGGCCUAUUAUUUCUAGUCAUUGCUUGAUCCAUUUAUUUUGUUACAUGAAACUGCUUCCCUUGUACUGCAUCACAGUGCUAUCAUUUGUCUGUGGACAAUGUGAAUAGUCUAUUUGUUAGCAGUGUUCUGUGACCUAGAUACACCCUAUGUUCUUUUAUGUAUCGGCAUCACAGGAUUAAGAAACAGACAGCCACGUCAUCAUGAAGCACAUUGAAAUAUAAAAGAAAGUCAAGCAAGCUAUGAUUGAUACAGCAAAUAUACUAAAGCACUACCCUGUCCUCUCUCUGGAACUUUGGGCAUUAUUUGUUCAGUAGCACUGGACUGUUAAUGGCAGUGUGACAUGUUGCAGGACUCCACAGUGUUAUAGAGGGAAGUGUAACUGACUGAACCCAGUGUGCUGUUUCUCCCUGUUUACUGUGUAUUUUGAAUGAGAUGCCCGCUGGAUAAGGCAUGUGAGAAAGGGAGAGACAGUGACGCUAGUGUUGGAUGGAUAUAGAAAGAACACGGCGCUGGGAAAAUGUGCUGUUUACUUUUGGGGAGGGAUUAGAUAGAUCUGGAAUAGAAUAGGGCUUCGCUUCUGUUUGCCAUCAGAGUUCCACAACACACUCCACAAGGUAAGUGUUCAUGAUGUAGACCAAUGCAUCAGACUAAUGGGUAGAAGGGAAAGCUUUCAGGGUUGAGGUUGAAAUAGGCUAAAUGUAUAUUAUCCAAAUGUAUACUGAAACUCAAUUUUUAGAAUUUUGUAUAGAACAGUUUUUUCUUUUUUCUUUUUUUUUACUACAGUAUCAAUAAUGACAAGCAUGCAAAUGUAGGAUUAGCCUAUACAAAUCUCUGUUGUUUUCACCUAGGAAUUGUGGGCCCGUGUUAGCCUAGGCCUAUAACCGGAUGUGUUUAAAUCGUAUGAAUAAACAUUUGUGUUAACUGGU